AUGCCAACCGUGCCGCAGCCGAGCGUGCGAGAUGCCGGUCGGUGCCACGGUCUGAGCGCCCCUCCUGGUGCCGGCAUGCCAACCGUGCCGCAGCCGAGCGUGCGAGAUGCCGGUCGGUGCCACGGUCUGAGCGCCCCUCCUGGUGCCGGCAUGCCAACCGUGCCGCAGCCGAGCGUGCGAGAUGCCGGUCGGUGCCACGGUCUGAGCGCCCCUCCUGGUGCCGGCAUGCCAACCGUGCCGCAGCCGAGCGUGCGAGAUGCCGGUCGGUGCCACGGUCUGAGCGCCCCUCCUGGUGCCGGCAUGCCAACCGUGCCGCAGCCGAGCGUGCGAGAUGCCGGUCGGUGCCACGGUCUGAGCGCCCCUCCUGGUGCCGGCAUGCCAACCGUGCCGCAGCCGAGCGUGCGAGAUGCCGGUCGGUGCCACGGUCUGAGCGCCCCUCCUGGUGCCGGCAUGCCAACCGUGCCGCAGCCGAGCGUGCGAGAUGCCGGUCGGUGCCACGGUCUGAGCGCCCCUCCUGGUGCCGGCAUGCCAACCGUGCCGCAGCCGAGCGUGCGAGAUGCCGGUCGGUGCCACGGUCUGAGCGCCCCUCCUGGUGCCGGCAUGCCAACCGUGCCGCAGCCGAGCGUGCGAGAUGCCGGUCGGUGCCACGGUCUGAGCGCCCCUCCUGGUGCCGGCAUGCCAACCGUGCCGCAGCCGAGCGUGCGAGAUGCCGGUCGGUGCCACGGUCUGAGCGCCCCUCCUGGUGCCGGCAUGCCAACCGUGCCGCAGCCGAGCGUGCGAGAUGCCGGUCGGUGCCACGGUCUGAGCGCCCCUCCUGGUGCCGGCAUGCCAACCGUGCCGCAGCCGAGCGUGCGAGAUGCCGGUCGGUGCCACGGUCUGAGCGCCCCUCCUGGUGCCGGCAUGCCAACCGUGCCGCAGCCGAGCGUGCGAGAUGCCGGUCGGUGCCACGGUCUGAGCGCCCCUCCUGGUGCCGGCAUGCCAACCGUGCCGCAGCCGAGCGUGCGAGAUGCCGGUCGGUGCCACGGUCUGAGCGCCCCUCCUGGUGCCGGCAUGCCAACCGUGCCGCAGCCGAGCGUGCGAGAUGCCGGUCGGUGCCACGGUCUGAGCGCCCCUCCUGGUGCCGGCAUGCCAACCGUGCCGCAGCCGAGCGUGCGAGAUGCCGGUCGGUGCCACGGUCUGAGCGCCCCUCCUGGUGCCGGCAUGCCAACCGUGCCGCAGCCGAGCGUGCGAGAUGCCGGUCGGUGCCACGGUCUGAGCGCCCCUCCUGGUGCCGGCAUGCCAACCGUGCCGCAGCCGAGCGUGCGAGAUGCCGGUCGGUGCCACGGUCUGAGCGCCCCUCCUGGUGCCGGCAUGCCAACCGUGCCGCAGCCGAGCGUGCGAGAUGCCGGUCGGUGCCACGGUCUGAGCGCCCCUCCUGGUGCCGGCAUGCCAACCGUGCCGCAGCCGAGCGUGCGAGAUGCCGGUCGGUGCCACGGUCUGAGCGCCCCUCCUGGUGCCGGCAUGCCAACCGUGCCGCAGCCGAGCGUGCGAGAUGCCGGUCGGUGCCACGGUCUGAGCGCCCCUCCUGGUGCCGGCAUGCCAACCGUGCCGCAGCCGAGCGUGCGAGAUGCCGGUCGGUGCCACGGUCUGAGCGCCCCUCCUGGUGCCGGCAUGCCAACCGUGCCGCAGCCGAGCGUGCGAGAUGCCGGUCGGUGCCACGGUCUGAGCGCCCCUCCUGGUGCCGGCAUGCCAACCGUGCCGCAGCCGAGCGUGCGAGAUGCCGGUCGGUGCCACGGUCUGAGCGCCCCUCCUGGUGCCGGCAUGCCAACCGUGCCGCAGCCGAGCGUGCGAGAUGCCGGUCGGUGCCACGGUCUGAGCGCCCCUCCUGGUGCCGGCAUGCCAACCGUGCCGCAGCCGAGCGUGCGAGAUGCCGGUCGGUGCCACGGUCUGAGCGCCCCUCCUGGUGCCGGCAUGCCAACCGUGCCGCAGCCGAGCGUGCGAGAUGCCGGUCGGUGCCACGGUCUGAGCGCCCCUCCUGGUGCCGGCAUGCCAACCGUGCCGCAGCCGAGCGUGCGAGAUGCCGGUCGGUGCCACGGUCUGAGCGCCCCUCCUGGUGCCGGCAUGCCAACCGUGCCGCAGCCGAGCGUGCGAGAUGCUGGUCGUUGCCACGGUCGGAGCGCCCAUCCCGGUGCCGGCAUGCCAACCGCGCCGCAGCCGAGCGUGCGAGAUGCUGGUCGUUGCCACGGUCGGAGCGCCCAUCCCGGUGCCGGCAUGCCAACCGCGCCGCAGCCGAGCGUGCGAGAUGCUGGUGGUGCCAUGGGGAAGAAAAGCCAAAUGCCCCAGUACAGACUGAAGGAUAACUGGCUCGACAGCAGUGUGGCGGAGAAGGACCUGGGAGUUGUAGUGGAUCACAAGGUCAACAUCAACCAAAACAAAGCUUUCACAUUGCACACUCUAC